AUUGUUUUUUUUUUUUGGCAGUGCUGAAUGUGCUUUUCCUGAAUUCUCUUGUUUCGUGGUGAAUACAGAUACUGUUCAACAUAGCUGUUGACAAAGGUUUUGGCUUCUGAUACUCUUACGUUCCGAGUACAGGUGCUGCCGCAAUGUGGUCUCCCCUCGCUGGCCAGCGUGUGUGAAGGGUGCCGCCAUGGUGGAUGUCAGCAAAUGGCCCCUCUUCACUCUCCUCUCGCCACAGGAGAUCGCUUCCAUCAGGCAGGCUUGUGUCUUCGGCACCUCUGCUAACGAAGCCAUAUACAUCACUCACGAGGAUGAGGUGUUUGUGUUUGGACUGAACUGCAGCAACUGCCUCGGGACAGGGGACAGUCAGAGCACCAUUGUGCCAAAAAAGCUGGACAGCCUGUGUGGGAAGAAGAUCAAAAGUCUGAGCUACGGCACUGGGCCACAUGUGCUUCUCGCCACUGACGAUGGAGAUGUAUAUGCCUGGGGACACAAUGGGUACAGUCAGCUGGGGAAUGGGACCACCAACCCAGUGGUUUCGCCAGUGCAGGUGUCUGCCAACAUGCAGAACAGGAAGGUGACGGAGGUGGCCUGUGGCUCCCAUCACUCUAUGGCACUGACGUCUGAUGGUGAGGUAUAUGCGUGGGGCUACAACAACUGCGGCCAGGUCGGAUCGGGAUCUACAGCUAAUCAGCCGACACCUCGCAAAGUAUCCAGCUGCCUGCAAAACAAAAUCGUGGUCAGCAUCACCUGUGGCCAGACUUCCUCUAUGGCAGUAGUAGACAAUGGAGAGGUGUACGGCUGGGGCUACAAUGGGAAUGGCCAGCUGGGUCUGGGCAACAAUGGCAACCAGCUGACCCCUUGUCGCCUGGUAGCUCUGCAGGGCGUCUGUGUCCUUCAGAUCGCGUCUGGCUACGCGCACUCGUUAGCACUAACAGAUGAGGGCUUGCUGUAUGCCUGGGGAGCUAACACCUACGGGCAGCUGGGCACUGGCAAUAAGAGUAACCAGCUUAGCCCUGUGCCGAUAAUGACAGACAAGGAAAGCAGGAUCGUGGAGAUCGCCGCCUGCCACUCCGCCCACACCUCGGCGGCCAAGACGCAGAGCGGCCAGGUGUACAUGUGGGGACAGUGCCGGGGGCAGUCUGUGGUCUUGCCCCACCUCACUCACUUCUCCUGCACCGACGACAUCUUCGCCUGCUUCGCCACCCCAGCCGUCAUGUGGCGCCUCCUGUCUGUUGAGCACGAUGACUUCUUGACAGUCGCACAGUCUUUGAAGAAGGAAUUUGAUAGCCCUGAAACCUCUGACCUCAAGUUUAGCGUUGAUGGGAAAUACAUUCAUGUUCACAAAGCCGUUUUAAAAAUAAGGUGUGAGCACUUCCGCUCCAUGUUUCAGUCCCACUGGAAUGAAGACAUGAAGGAAGUGAUUGAAAUUGACCAGUUUUCCUACCCUGUGUAUCGCUCAUUUCUGGAGUACCUGUACACUGACAGUGUCGAUCUCCCUCCAGAAGAUGCCAUUGGACUCUUGGAUCUGGCCACGUCCUACUGUGAGAACCGCCUGAAGAAGCUGUGCCAGCACAUUAUCAAGAGAGGCAUCACUGUAGAGAAUGCCUUCUCCCUGCUGUCUGCUGCAGUCAGAUACGACGCCGAGGAUUUGGAAGAGUUUUGCUUCAAGUUUUGUGUCAAUCACUUGACAGAAGUCACUCAGACUGCAGCGUUCUGGCAGAUCGACGGGGCACUACUGAAGGAAUUCAUUUCCAAAGCCAGCAAAUGUGGGGCCUUUAAAAACUGAAUUGGCUUCUCAUGAGUGCCAUUUUACAAAGGAAGACUGUAUUUACCACAGGAGUCCCCAGCUGUGACUCGUAGGUGCCUGUUACUCCACUGAAGUACAACUGCAUCUGAAGAAGGUUACAAAUACUGUCAUUAUCCCCCUAGUGAGGGAUGUGUUCAAUAUCAAACGCAGAUCUGUGAAUGAGCUGGAUCAGCUGUGUAUCUUGGAGUUACUGCACGCAAACACAUUCUUCAUCAAAGGAAUGUUCACAGAACACGAGCAGGAUGUUUUUUUUUGUUGAGAAAAAAAAUCUAUUUUGAUAGUGCUAUAUCUUACAGUUUAAGCACAUGGUAUAUCAAAUAUUUUCCCCACAAUUUCUCAAUAGAGUAAGUCUGAUGUGGUAUUUAGAGAUGGCUUGAGUGGAGCACCUGAACACGGGCUGAGCCGUGUUCAUAGUCCUUUUGUCUUAGUUUGCUGGUUUUUAUACUUGCUGUCCCUCCUGGGAGGUGAGUGCUAGUUUAGAUGCCUGAGGUUUUAUUUGCAGGACAUCUGCUUUGUCAGACAGAUGUUCAUAGUUGCUUAAAAAAGAAAUAAUAGCUGAAGAGAGAAUAAAUAGCUAAAGAAUGCCCCCCUUUGGGGGUAAUCUAUUCUAAAGCAUGUAACAUGUCUGUAUGCGAGAGCCAGUAUAAGGGUAGAAUAACCUGACCUGAAAGAUCAUUUGCACUUAAUCUGUGGUAACAUUACAUAUGUGUGCAAGAGAAGUAAUCCCAAUACUCUUUAGAUUUUUACCUGGAUACUAUCUAAUUAUCUUUGCAUGAUCUGCUGAGGUAAACUGUCACCAGUUUAACAGUGGUAUGACUACAGCUUUCCAUAUAAGAGUCUUGAAGAACCUCAGGGAUUUUAGCAGACAUUUGGCAUCUUCUGUCCAUCUGUGGAUAAUGAAUCUUUUUAUAGAGUUUCUUCCGAGUUGUCUCUUUAUAGUAGGUCAAUGCAUAAGUUAUGGCUUGAAUAUAAAUAUGCAUGUUUUGAGAGGCAUGCUACAGGAAGCAUAGAAGCACGCGGUAAACAGGACAAGUUCUUUAAAUGGGCUGAACAUCAUGAUUUUUCACAGUAGGCUUGUGCCAAUAGUUUGAGGAACUGGCUUGCAAGCUGCAUACCUCAGAAAAAUUAAAUGUUAUGAAAUCCACACAUAAAUAUUCUUCUAAGAAAAUGUAUUUUUGAUUACCUUGUAUUAACAUAAUGUAAAAUAAGGGUGUGCACAUUGAGCAAUAUAGAAAUAGUAACCACAUUCACAUGUAAUUGGAUCAUACAGUCCACAAUCAAAAAGUAUAAAUGAGAAAGACUGAAAAUUGCUAUUGUAUGGGGAAAAAAUAGCACUUAAGUCAAGCAUUCCUUUAUUUUACUAAUAAUGAAGUAUAAGAACUAAGGAUAAUGUAAUAUUGUUAAACAUGUCUUAAAUAAUCCAUGUAUUGUAGCACCAUUAAGAAAACGAAACAAUUAUUAAGCCAAGCUAUUAAUUUAAUAUAAUAAGCAAAAAUAUGACUCCAGGAGAUCUGUUUUAAGAUCUGAAGAGCGAAGAGCAGCUUAGCAUGCUUUUUUUUCUGUAAUAUGUAAUACUUGGAUGUGGAUCAUGGUAUGGACUUUUCACUGCAUCUUCAUUGAAUGUACUGAAACCUUUUUUUUAUCUUUUAUUUUUUAAAGAACCUUGAAUAAACCAUUUGCAGUGUGCAUAAUAAGCAUAUAGUUGAUUUGACAGGAUUGAGCAUAGUAUUAUUAUGUUGCCUUCAUUGUGUUAUUUGUGGGUAAGUAGUGUGUAUUAUUGCUGUGACCAAAUUAAAGAAUUGGUUGAUUAAAAAAAGCA